UUUCGUCCUCUCCUCUUUUUUCCCUCUCCAUCUUCAUCACAACCAAUCUCAAGAUCAGCGAAAGCAAUCUUUGCACCCACCCGCCAACCUUUCACAAUCUAGGGCACGAAGCUACCCUAACAACUUCCCCCGCUUAGUUCCAGAGUUAUCCCAAACUCAAGUCAACGUCGACUUUACAACAACCGCCGAAUCCUUUCGCCGUCUCCCAAUUCUCAUCACCAAGUCCAAGAUGUCUGCUCCCGUUGAGAACGUUCCCACCACUGACGCCGCCGUCACCGACGUUGCCGCCACUCUGGCCGACACCUCCAUCUCUGGCAAGGCCGACAACAAGGCCAACGACGACAACCAUGCCAGCGCUGUCGAAGGUCGCCGUCUCUACAUCGGCAACCUCGCAUACGCUACAAGCGAGGGGAAGUUGACCGAGUUCUUCAAGGGCUACCUUGUUGAGCGCAUCUCGAUCCCCAAGAACCCCCGCACCGACCGUCCUGUCGGCUACGCCUUCGUCGACCUCUCGACCCCCAACGAGGCUGAGCGUGCCAUCGCUGAGCUUUCGGGCCAAGAGGUCCUGGAGCGCAAGGUCUCGGUCCAGCUUGCUCGCAAGCCCGAGCCCACGCAGCCGAAGGAGGAGGGCGCCAACGGUGAGGGUGCCGAGGGAACUCGCCGUUCUCGUUCUACCCGUGGUCGCGGCCGCUCCGGUCGUGGCCGUGGCGGUGCCGGCCGGGCCGGUCGCUCUGACCAUCCUUAUGCGCAGGAGAACCAGGGACAGGAGGGCGCAACCGAUGCCCAGGCUGCUACUGCCACUGAUGCUGAGGUCAAGCCUCUGACCGACAUCACGAACAAGAACCAGACUGACAAAGAUGAAAAGGCCAAGAAGGAGCCUCGGGCUCCCCGGGAGCCCCGCGAACGCCGUGAGCGCGGCCCCCCUGCCGAUGGCAUUGCCUCCAAGACCAAGGUCAUGGUUGCCAACCUGCCAUACGACAUGACCGAGGCUCGCCUCAAGGAGGUCUUUGCCGCAUAUGAACCUGUUUCCGCCAAGAUCGCUCUCCGCCCCAUCCCCCGUUUCAUGAUCAAGAAGCUCCAGGCUCGCAACGAGCCCCGCAAGGGACGUGGUUUCGGCUUUGUCACCCUUGCUUCUGAGGAGCUCCAACAGAAGGCUGUCGCCGAGAUGAACGGCAAGCAGAUUGACAGCCGCGAGAUUGCUGUCAAGGUCGCCAUCGACAGCCCCGACAAGACCGACGAUGACGUCGCACAGGAAGGCGAGGCCUCAACUGAGGCCAACGGAACCGAAACCGCCGCCCCCGCCGCCGAGGCCGCUCCUGCCACCACCACUGACGCGGCUGCUGCCCCGGCUGCUACCCCCGCCGCCCCGGCCACCACUGCUUAGAUAUUUAGUCUGAGCAACACGAUGAAAACACACGGUUCACGGAACGAGCUACCUUUUACCCCUUUCCCAGCCUAGCCCGGCUUUUGCCCGUUGUAUUAUUUGGCUACUCGUAUGAUCAAAUUGAUUUAUCACGGGAGUUUGACGAACUUUUUUACGGCGGAUAUGACGUGGAAGGAAUGAAGAGAGGCGGAUAAAAAAAAGGAGGGGCAUUGGAGUCCAUCUAUGGUUUUUUUUUAUGACAUGACAUCUAGACCUCAGGACCCUUAUUAUUCGCUUGUCCAGCGCAUUCCCAAUAAUCUGAUAUGGCUCACAUCUCAUAGCUGAUUCUCACCAAAACAAAACGUUUACAUGCUCAUGA